AUGAGCAACCCGGCUGCGAUACCGAUCAUGGGGCCGGGCCCGGAGAAGCAGCCGGAUAACAAGUCGCCUAACGACCGUGAAGAAGCCGAGAAACAGUGUACUUGUUCAAACAAGAGCUUCGACGUGCAGUUGCUGGCUGGGUUGUGUCAGAGCUGUAUCCGGAAGACUGGAAACCGAGCAAACAACCUGGACUUCAUCAUGAAGGAGUGCAACUUUGUGGAAUCGACAUAUACACCUGAUCAAGAUCGGCUCGUCGAUACUAUCCGCGUCGUCGCAGAGAAGCCGUUUUUGACGUCCAGCGGAAACGUCAUGGCUGAUGCUGGUAGAGUAGGGGCCGGAUGCGCUGCUGCUAUGGCGGUGGCUGUUAGUCUUGUGGCUGGGAUGGCGAUGCUUCUCUAA